AUGACCUCCCUAACGCCAACACCAACCCUCCUCAUCCCGCACCUCCCACCAAAAACCCUCGUCGGCAUCGACCUAAUCACAUUUACAUCGACGCCAAAUUUCCACGGAAUCCGUGAUAUCCCGCCAGGUUGGCAUUUCGUGUACACCGGUACAACGGCGGGGCUGAGUCUGCGGCUGGGCGGGUGGUUUUACGUAGACCGCGGUAACAGCACGGAAACAGAAAUUGGAAAAGAUAUACUUGUCUGGCGAUGGAAUGACAACACAGAAGCUCUUGAGCCAUUGAGAUCCCAUCAGAUGGGCGAGGGGCUGCGCUAUAGGGCUAAUAUUGGUAGUGCCUGGGGUUCCGGUGGGCUGUGGCGAUAUCGGAGUCGGGUACCUUCUGCAGCGAUUGCAGCGGAUGCCGGGGCGUUGCAGAGAAGUGGUGGUGACAGCGGUGCCGGUCGAGGUGAUAACGGGGGCUUAGAAGAAGAAGAGGAGGAGGAGGAGGAGGAGGAGGAAGGGCGGAGGGAAUGGACUGCGUUGACAAAUAGGUUGUCGCCGCAGCUCCUAAGCAGAAUUACGGGUGAGCCUGCGCUAGAUUGGGACGGAAGGGCGAGGUGGUUGGUUACGUCGGGAAGUACGGCGCAACAGGACGACGAUGAUAUUCCUGGAAUUGAUAUAAACCCGGACUCGAAUCCCAUAGAUGAUGGCGUGUCUGGUGCUGAGGGUCAAGGACGACUUGAGGACUACACGGAGAGACAGUUCUCAUUUCUCCCUGUGGAUUUGAAAAGGACCUGGCGCGAGGGCGCGAUCGGCCGCGAGAGGACCGAAGCAGCGCGCGAUCGAUCCUGGGCAUUGGGCGAGAUCAUCCACAGAGUGUCAUCGUCUUCGUCGCCGCAUUCUGAGAUUGCUGCCGAUGGCGGUGUUGAAACGGAUAUAAACGCCUUCGGCGAAGCCCAGAUCCUUGGCGAGCUGCAAUUCACCUUCCUUAUGGGCCUGACAUUGAUGAAUUACUCCUGCCUUCAACAGUGGAAGCGCCUUCUCGGACUGAUCCUCACCUGCCGCUCCGCCAUCACGGAUAGGGCACCUUUCAUGGCGGAGGCCCUACGCUUGCUUCUUACGCAACUAAAGCGGGCGGACGAUGUGGAGGGCGGGCUCUUUGACCAACUGGGCAAUGAAGGAGGCGCGGAGGGGGGCGAAUUCCUGCGGCGGUUGCUGAAGGGGUUCAGGACAGCUAUGUAUGAGGUUCUUGAGGAUAGGGGAGAGUCACCAGUUAAGAGGGAAUUCGGGAAACUGGAGGAGUGGGUGAGGCGAGAACUUGACUGGGAAUUGGAUCGGGACGCGGUGCUUAGGAAGGGGAUGGUGCAGCUGGAGGAUGGGGAGGAGGUGGAGUUGGAAAUGGUGGACCAUGAAGAGGAGGAGUACGCGCCUGUUGUUGUGGAAUUGGAUGGCAUUUAUUAG